AUGCUCUCCCGCCAGACACGCCUCCUCAGGCGCAUCCCCCACCCCAACAACGUCCUCUCCGCCGCACACACUCAGAGGCGCAGCAAGUCCUCCAGCAUCCACACCUCCUCCGCCCAGAAUGCCCCCGCCCCCGUCGCCGAACGAGGCAUGUCUCUUGAGGCCAAGGAGCGCGUACGAGCCCAUGUGAGGAGAAUCCAGAGCAGCGCCGUUUCUGGCUCCGCUGCCAGCCCCGCCGUCCGCCCCCAGCCCGCCCAGCACUUCCAAGCCGCGCCUCAGCCCAUGCCCACAAAUACGCCCCAAUUCGAUGCCGCCGACAGCCAGAUCAAGGACGGACUCGAUUACUCAUUCGUCGGCAUGUCUGGUGGUCAGAUCUUCCACGAGAUGAUGCUCCGUCAUAGCGUCAAGAAGGUCUUUGGCUACCCCGGUGGUGCCAUCCUCCCCGUCUUCGACGCCAUCUACAACUCUCCUAAUUUCGACUUUGUCCUUCCCAGACAUGAACAGGGUGCUGGCCACAUGGCUGAGGGUUAUGCCCGUGUCUCUGGCAAGCCCGGUGUCGUUCUCGUCACCUCUGGCCCCGGCGCCACAAACGUAAUCACCCCCAUGCAAGACGCCCUCAGUGAUGGUGUCCCCAUGGUCGUCUUCUGUGGUCAGGUCGCUACCAAUCUCAUUGGUUCCGACUCUUUCCAGGAAGCCGACAUGGUCGGUAUCUCCCGAAGCUGUACGAAAUGGAACGUGAUGGUCAAGGACAUUGCCGAGCUUCCCAGAAGAAUCAACGAGGCGUUCAAGAUUGCCACCACUGGCCGCCCCGGCCCCGUCCUUGUCGACCUCCCCAAGGACGUCACUGCCGCUAUCCUCCGUACCCCCAUCCCCGCCAAGUCUGCUCAGCCCGGACACUCUCCGUACCUCCCCUCCAACCCCCUGAAUCCUUCAUCUCAGCCCACAAAACCUCUCCCCGGAGACCCCGAGCUCAUCGCUCAAGCUGCCAAGCUGAUCAACUCGGCUAAGCGACCCGUCAUCUACGCCGGUAACGGUGUCCUCUCAUCUCCCGAUGGCCCCAGACUCCUCAGAGAGCUCUCCGACAAGGGUAGAAUCCCCGUCACCACCACUCUUCAGGGUCUUGGUGCCUUUGACGAGCGAGAUGAAAAGUCUCUCCACAUGCUUGGUAUGCACGGCUCUGCCUAUGCCAACUUUGCCGUGCAGGAGGCCGAUGUGUUGAUUGCUCUUGGUGCUCGAUUCGAUGACCGUGUCACCGGCAAGGUCGACACUUUUGCUCCCGCCGCUAAGGCUGCCGCUCUCGAGGGUCGAGGUGGUAUCGUCCAUUUCGAGAUUCAACCCAAAAACAUCAACAAAAUCAUCGAAGCCAACGUCCCCGUCCUUGGUGAUGUCGUUGCCUCCCUUGGCGCCCUUGUCCCUCAAAUCAACAACACUGUCGACCGUUCUGCUUGGAUCGCCAGAUGCAACGCCAACAAGGAGCGAUACCCCUUCACCUACCACCCCAGUGGUUCUGGCCAGAAGCUGAAGCCCCAGGAGGUUGUCCAGGAGCUUGACCGACAAGCCGAGGCCCUCGGCAAGGAGAAGUUUAUCAUCUCUACCGGUGUUGGACAACAUCAGAUGUGGGCCUGUCAAUACUACCGAUGGACUGAGCCCCGCUCUUGGGUCUCUUCCGGUGGUCUCGGUACCAUGGGUUUCGGCCUUCCUUCCGCCAUCGGCGCCAAAGUCGCCGCUCCCGAAAAAUAUGUCAUUGACAUUGACGGUGACGCCAGUUUCUCCAUGACUGCCAUGGAGCUCCAGACCGCCAACCAGUUCAACAUCGGUGUCAAGGUCUUGCUUUUCAACAACGAGUUCCAGGGUAUGGUCGAGCAAUGGCAAGAUCUGUUCUACGAGAACCGAUACUCUCACACCCGUAUGACCAACCCCGACUUUGUCAAGCUCUCCGAGUCUAUGGGCACCAAGGGUAUCCGAUGUGCUACUAUCGAAGAGCUCCCCGCCAAGAUGAAGGAGUUCCUCGAGUACGACGGCACCAGGCCUAUCGUUCUUGAGGUCCUUGUCUCCAGCGAGCACGUCUACCCUAUGGUCCCUGCCGGCAAGGCCCUGCACGAGCAGAUCCUCCACCCCCUCCUCCGAAAGUCUGAAUAA